CGACCUAUCAAUAGCACUCAACGUCACAUGAUUACAAAUUAUUCUGCUGUGUCUCCGUUGCAGAUGAUCGGAUUGUCAAGGGUGUUGCAGCCACAUUACCUAGGACACCUGUUUGUGCUUGCAGCUGAUUUACGAGUAUUCACGCGAGCAGCGGAUGAGUCGCAGUUAGGUUAAAUUUCAUUACUCUGUGCGGACGAUUUUAUCAUUGAAGAUGAAAAUCUGUGGACCCAAGUACGCCUUGUGCGGUUUAGUGUUGUCCGUUUGGGGCAUAUUUCAACUGCUUCUCAUGGGGAUAUUUUUCUAUGUCCGGAGUGUAGCCCUAGUGGAGGAUCUUCCAUUGGGAGAGAAAAACUUCACUUCAUUCGAUCAGUUCUACGAUCUAGUAGACCGUGGUUAUACACAAAAUGCGUACAACUGCUGGAUCGCUGCAUGCAUUUAUGUUCUAACCUUCCUCUUCUCGGGUCAUCAGUUCUAUCUCAAUUCCAGAUCGUCUCUUAGCGUAUAAGCAAACGUGAUAAAUUUAGAGAUGCUGUAUUAACAUCUUUAUAAUUCCAUACAGCUGCAAAAUGUUAGAAUUUUAACUGUAUGGCUGUAUCAUAUAACUACUGUAUAAUUGUAUUAUAUAAUUUUCUCCAAGCGCAAUAUUUGCUUACAAGUAUUUAGGUACAAGAUACAUAGGUCCCAAAUGUUCUUACAUAAUGGCAAAAGAUAUAUUUCAUUACAUUAAUGUCCAUUAUUUUAUUUUUUAGCUAUAUUGUUAUAUCCAUAAUUUAUUCUAUCGAUAUAUAAUACAUGUGCAUUAUAAUAUAGCUAAGAAAUAGAAUAAAGUCAACAAAAAUUGUGCAACUAAUUAUGAAACUGAUUUCAUUGCGAUAUUGUGAUUUGUUUUAUUCGUUCACAUGCAGUAGUGAUAUAUUUCAGUCCUCAAAUUUUAAUUCCACUUAUAUUGUUACAUAUAUUAAAAUUAUUUAAUAAAUUAAUCAUA